GUACAAGCACGACGUGGAUAAGGUCUUGACGCAGGUGCAAUUCGUCGACGCUGACGACAGGCCACUGGGUGUAAUUAAUUGGUUCGCGAUUCAUCCAACCAGUAUGAACAACACCAACCACCUGGUGUCCAGCGACAACGUUGGCUACGCCUCGAUCCUUUUCGAGAAGAUCAUAAACAACGACUCGUUGCCCGGCAAGGGCUCGUUCGUGGCAGCGUUCGCCUCCAGCAACCUCGGCGACGUUUCGCCCAACACCCGUGGCCCGAAAUGCGAGUUCUCCGGCAACAAUUGCUCCGAACACUACACUUGCCCCGGAAGGAAGGAGAUGUGCUUCGCCUCUGGCCCUGGCAAGGACAUGUUCGAGAGCACCAGCAUCAUCGCCAACAAGAUCUUCAAGGAAUCGUGGCGUUUAUGGCAGUACGGGAACGCCAAGGAAGUGAUCGGGCCCAUCCGUGUGGCGCACCGCUACGUGAACAUGGCGAAACAGACGGCCGAAUACUACAACGCGACCACAAGGAGAACCGAGAUCGUCCAUGGAUGUGAACCAGCGAUGGGGUACAGCUUCGCGGCGGGAACGAUCGACGGGCCAGGAUCAUUCUCGUUCGAGCAGGGUACAACCACGGCGAAUCCGAUGUGGAACGCGGUUAGAAAUCUCCUGGCCACCCCCACGACCGAGGAUGUGAGAUGCCACGGCGCGAAACCGAUUCUACUUGCUACCGGACGCAUGCAUCUUCCGUACGAAUGGCAGCCGAAAAUUGUGGCGACGCAGGUGGCGUUGAUCGGUAACGUUGUCAUCGCCGGCGUGCCGGGAGAGUUCACGACAAUGUCCGGAAGAAGAUUACGAGAGGCUAUCAAAACGGUCAUGAACGAUGCGUCCGACGACGAAACCUCCGUCAUAGUCGCCGGACUCUGCAACACCUACAGCGAUUACGUCACGACGCCAGAAGAGUACCAAAUCCAAAGGUACGAAGGCGCGUCCACGAUAUACGGACCCCACACUCUGACUCUCUACUUGAAGCAAUACCAAGAGCUCGUGACAGCCGCUAUUCUUAAAAAGGACGUAGAUCCCGGGCCAACGCCACCAGAUCUAAGGAAAAAGAAUCUACUCACUUUCGUGACGCCGGUUCUCUACGACACCCCGAAGUGGGGCAGAAAUUUCGGCGACUGCAUUAAACAGCCGCAAAAACUCGCCACGCCCGGCGACAUCGUUUCUGCAGUGUUCAUCUCUGGCCAUCCGCGUAACAACCUGAUGACGGAAAACUCGUAUCUGACGAUCGAGAGGUUAGCCGACGACGAGGUAUGGGUGCCAGUUGCGAACGACGCCAGCUGGGAAACGAAGUUCGAGUGGCAGAGGAUGUCGAUGGUGCUCGGUUCGAGUCAAGUCAUCAUUACGUGGCAGAUCCCGGAGAACAUCAAACCCGGUGAAUAUCGCAUUAGGCACAACGGGUACUACCGUUAUAUCCUUGGUGGCAUCUUCCCUUACUACGGCGUGUCGAACCACUUCCAGAUUUUGCCCGGUGGAUCGAGCUGCUGCAGAAGACGACCUUACUACGUGUAACCAAGUCGUGACGUGUGAAAAUCGAGUGAAGACGCUUACGCU